UUAAACGUUUAGAAAAAUAGUGUAAUUAAGAAAAUAUAUACGAAAAAUAAAAAAUCCUUAAAGGAUUUAAAACUCUAGACUAAACUAAACGUUUUGUCUGGGUGGAGUUAAAAAAGUCGGUAGCGGAUUUUAUGCAAUUUUUUCACGCGUUAUAUUCCGAUUUAAAGGAUAAUUAUAGUGAUUUGUGACAGCAAUAAUGGGUUUCAAAUCAAAAUAUCAUAUAGAUGUUGACUUUGAAGUGCCGAAAAAGAUCAAUUGGUAUUAUGCCCCCAUAUUUGGAGCAUUUUGGUUUAUACUUUAUCUCUCGGUGGUGGUCUCACAAAUCGAUCAUUUACCCACUGCUUUAAAUCGCAAGGAUGAGGAAAAGCAUACGGAUAGAUUUAUAGCUGAACGUGCUGAAUUGGUGUUGAUAGGUUUAGCGCGUAUCGGUCCCAAAGUGGUGGGCAGUGUGGCCAAUGAAGUCACAGCAGUGGAGUUUUUAUUAAAUGAAAUUGCCAAAAUACAACAACAGGCUAGUGAUUAUUUUGAAUUUGAAGUUGAUGUACAGGAAGCCACUGGCAACUAUAUGCAUUGGUCCAUGGUCAAUAUGUAUCAGUCUAUACAAAAUGUGGUGGUUAAAAUGAGUGCCAAAAAUUCGACUAGUAAUCAUUAUCUAUUGAUUAACAGUCAUUAUGAUAGUGUACCUGGUAGUUCGGGUGCUGGUGAUGAUGGUUCUAUGGUGGCUGUUAUGUUGGAAGUUAUGAGGGUUCUUGCAAAGUCUCAGGGCCCUUUAAAACAUCCUAUAGUGUUUUUGUUUAAUGGUGCGGAAGAAAAUCCUUUACAGGCCUCUCAUGCUUUUAUAACACAACAUAAAUGGGCCGAUAAUUGCAAAGCUUUGGUGAAUUUGGAUGCUGCUGGCAAUGGUGGCCGUGAAAUUUUGUUUCAAUCUGGUCCUGAAAAUCCCUGGUUAAUGAGAUAUUAUCGUAAUGUUCCCCAUCCUUUUGCUACAACAUUGGGCGAGGAAAUGUUUCAGGCUGGUUUUAUACCUUCCGAUACCGACUUUCGUAUAUUCCGUGAUUUUGGCUCUGUUCCUGGUCUCGAUAUGGCUUACAUGUUUAAUGGUUAUGUAUAUCAUACCGAAUACGAUCGUGUUAACAUUGUGCCCAAAGAAUCUUUGCAAAAUACUGGUGAUAACGUUUUAGUUCUAGCCAAGGGCAUAGCAAAUGCCCCAGAAAUGGAUGAUCCUGAAAAUCCGGACAAUACCGAAGGACAUGUUGUAUUCUACGAUUUCAUGGGUUGGUUCAUAGUAUUUUAUACCGAAAGCACGGGUGUUAUUAUCAAUGUGGUAGUGUGUGUCAUAGCAGUGGCUGCUAUAGGCGUUUCCCUAUUCUUUAUGUCCGCCAGAUCGGGUCUGUCAUGGCUGGCUGUUUUAAAACGUUAUGCUAUUGCCUUUGCCAUACAAAUGGUUUCAUUGUGUUUGGCAGCAGGUUUAACUGCUUUAAUAGCUUUCUUUCUGGAUGGUGUAGGACGUUCUAUGACUUGGUAUUCGGAAUAUUGGUUGCUAAUUGGUUUAUUCUAUUGUCCCAUGUUCUUCGGUAUGGCCAUAUUGCCAGCAUGCUAUUUGGAAAAGACUAAAAGGGAUACCCUCAGUUUGGGUUUUCGCAUCCAGUUGUUUAUGCACUCCCAUUGUUUGUUUUUGAUUAUCCUAACUAUAGUUCUCACCAGUAUGGGCAUACGCUCCUCGUUUAUGUGCAUGAUGGCGGUUCUAUUCGAUAUUGCUGCUUUAAUUAUUAAUUUAAUUACUAAAUGGCAUCGUAAAGCCUAUUGGUUUGCUAUAGCUGCUAUGAUUUGCCAGAUCUUACCUUUCCUUUACUAUACGUCGAUAGCUUAUGCUUUAUAUAUAACCUUCAUACCCAUGACUGGUCGCCAGGGUUCUGAGUCUAUUCCCGAUUUGUUUAUGGCUGGUAUAGCGGUGUUCAUGACUGUGCAAUUUGCCGGUGUUAUCAUGCCUCUCUUUUUGUUCUUCCGUAAGACUCGCACAAUCAUUUGCACAUUCCUGCUGAUAACAAUAGUGACCAUAAUUAUUGCUGUUACACCAGCCGGCUUUCCCUAUAAACCAAAAACUGCUGCCCAAAGAUUUCAAUUACUGCAUGCUUCACGUACUCUGCAUGAUGCCAAUGGCAAUGUGAGACUUAAUCAAGCGGGAGUAUAUGUUUAUCCUCAAGAUCGUCGUAUAGAUAGUGUAGAUGAGUACAUUAAGGAUAUCGGUGAAAAACAUAAAGUAAGCGAAUAUUGUGAAGCGGACAUGUUUUGCGGUAUGCCCCUAUACAAUCACAGAUGGCAUAAAGCUAGAGAAAACAGUUUCUGGAUACCUAUCGAUGAAUUUCCCAUACUACCGGGCUCUAAACCCCAACUGACCUUAAAAUCUCUCACUGAUUCAGACACGCCCAGCCAAAAACGUUUUGAGUUUGAAUUACAAGGACCAGAUCAUAUGACCAUUUUUAUAGAUGUAAAAGAUGAAGCAAAUAUAAUCAAUUGGUCCUUUAAUGAAACCAUGAUUAAAGAAAAAUGGCAACCACCUUAUUUUAUUUACUUUUCCUAUGGCAAAGACAGUCGAGCCUUAGUCUUUACAAUAGAUGUAGAGAAAUCAUCUGAAAACUUUAAUACUCCUACUUUAGAAAUAGGCAUUGGUGGCCAUUGGAUACAUCACGAUACUCAGCGUACGGAAAAAUAUCAAAAACUUAUUGAUGGUUUUCCAGAACAUACCACUAUUAGCGAUUGGGUAGCCUCCUACGAAAGUUGGUUGUUCUAAAUGUUUCUGAGACGUAAAACCUACUCGAAAAUUUUAUCAUAAUUUUUAUUUAUAAGUUUUCUUAUUAAUUGUAUAUAAACGAUUUUAAAUAAAAUUUAAGAAAAAUUUAAUUAGCAAUUAGUUUUAAGUGAUAUUGUAAUGAACAUUUUUAAUGUUAAU